AUGGCGGAAGCCAAUAUUGUUCCAGAUAGCGACAGAUCAGUCUCGUUACUACUACUUGGAGAUUCAGGAUGUGGUAAAUCGACCUUACUGGCUCGCCUCAAGAGUGGAAGGUCAUCUCUAUCCGCACAACCUGGUAGUGCUCUUCACACCAUCGUGCCAUUACGAGAUGAAGACCAGCCGUUCAUUUACGAUAUUCGGUUCUCAAGAAGAAAAUUCACUUUAGAGCUUUACGAUACAGCAAAUCCAAACCAGCAUUGGUCUAGUCUGCGACCCGACGUGGUUGUUUUGGCAUAUGAUAUUUCCAACCGAAACACGCUAGAUGGACUAACAGCGUGGCGGAAUGAUAUUACCCGAUACUUCCAGUAUGGCGAUGGCGAGCGAUUGCCGGUGAUGCUGUUAGGUCUGAAGAGGGAUCUACGAAGAGAAGGCGAAGGCAUCAUAUAUCCACAAGAGGCCUAUCGUAUUGCCCAGGAGCUUCGUUGUGAUCGAUAUGCUGAAUGUUCGGCUGUCACGGGCGAGUUGCUUGCAGAGACAUUCGAAGAUCUUGCCAGACUCGCGGCGAUGACGACCACUGCGGAAGGUGGCCAGAGUGCUGGUACUACUUGCGUUAUUCUGUAG